GGGAUACUAGCGCGCAGGAUUCGCAGCGCGUCUCCAUCCUUGCAUCGGCGGCGGGGGCAGGAGAGAGCGGAGGGGUGGGUUGCGACCACCCACCGCUACGCCAGCCUGCGAACCCUGGCAUUUCGCCAUCGUUUGCGAAAAUUGCACGAUCAGCGAGCGAUGAUUGGCAGGGGGAUUCCAUGCAGAGGCGGCGAACCCCCACCAGAAAGGGACCGCGGUGCGCUCACAAGCUGAUUUUGUCCUCUUUCUGCCCUCUGGCACAGAAAUUUUUUGGCCUCUCUAUGCCGCUUCCAAGCACGCAAUACUUGCACGCACUAGCCUACUUUCCAGCCUUCUUUGUUUGCUCUCCCCUUCACUGAACGCCGCGCAUAUAUUAAGACAGCACACCUGCCCGCCGCCCCUGCCCCGCUUUCCUUUCUUUUAAUUUCCUGUAAGAAUGACUAUAGACCCUUCGAGACCUAAUUCCGAUUCGCCUCUUGCCCCUUCCUCCACCCCAAACUCAGCACAGCAGCACGUUGAUACACUGGCAGACAAAAUGAGCUCGACGCUGUCGACCUUCUCUCCCGCUACCACAGGCUACAUAGCAGCCGACGCCCAGCAGCAUAUCCGUGCCGAUAGUCACGCGGACACAGCAGCAACAACUACAGCAGCAGAGCAGGGUGGGUCUGAGCGCGAUGGCAGCGCCAGCCCGUCCUCCACAGCUGGGCGGAAGCGCAACUUUGCCGAGUUCGUCUCAGGCAGCUCGGUUCGGGAGCUGGACCUACUGGCGCUGCGGCGGUACCCCGCCUUUGGCGGCAAGUGCUACCGGCACUCCACACAGGUUUACCUGGCAGAGUGCGACAACACACAGCGGCAGCUGCAGGCGUCGCUGCGCGCUUUGCCGUCGGCCGAGCAGGAGAAGAUCAGUGGAAUAUGGAGCAACUUUGCGUCAGAGCCGGCCGAGCGGCGGCUGCUUAUCCUUCAGGGGAUUGUCAAUCCUGUUGUGCCCCAGCAGCUGCGAGUGGACUUUUUGGCAGCAGCGCCGCCAGACGUCUCGCUGAAGAUUCUGUCGUACCUGGACGCGCAGUCGCUGUGCCAGGCCGCCCAGGUGUCGCGCACAUGGGCGUCGCUGGCCAACGAUGACAUUUCUCACAUCGACAAAGUAUGCAAAAAGUGCGGCUGGGGCCUGCCGCUGCUUGACAAGUCCAGCCGUCGCGUCUACGAGGCCACAGCGCGGCGCGCCAUGCGGCUGGCGUCAAGCAACGCGAUAGAUGUGCGUGGCCACAACAAGGCGCUUCGGAUUGCGGCCAGCAGCACAAAUGGCGCGGCGACACCAGCCAGCGGGAAAUUCAACCCCAACUACACUUUUGCGCUGCCCACGAACAACGUGGCGAUCGAGCCGGCCUCGCAAAUCCUCAGCUAUCAGCCAGCUGGCGAGUCGUCAUCGUCGCCGAGUCACUCGGACUUGGACGUGUCGCUUGUCAGCAGCGUGUGCGCACCGCAAAACACCAUCGAGUUCAUGCAAGGACCGCAGGCGCUUGCUGACGGCGGCAGCAGCAGCAAUAGCACAGGAUCGCAGCCACUGGGCAGUAUCUCACGCCGUGCUGCAUUUGUGCAUGAGCCGGCAGAUUCGGAGAGCGGCAAUGUCAGCGACUGCAGCAGCACCAACGACUGCAGCACGUCGAGGUCUGGCAGCAUGCGCCAUAAGCGGCGGCCAUGGAAGGAGAUUUUCGCCGAGCGCCAAAUAAUCGCCAACAACUGGCGCCGGUUCCGGUACCAGGAGUCCCGAAUCCAGGCCCACACGGACGGCAUUCUGUGCGUGCAGUUCAACGACGAGUAUGUCAUCACCGGGUCGUAUGACAGCAAGGUGCGUGUGUGGGACGCCGAGACUUUUGAGAUGGUCAGCGAGCUCAGCGGCCACACAAUGCCGGUGCGUGCGCUCGAAUUCGACGAGUGCAAGCUGUUCAGCGGGUCGCUCGAUGGGACCGUGCGGAUCUGGAACUACCGUGACGGCACAUGCAUCCGCACCCUGCGCGUGUUUGAGAACGGCGGGGUCAUCUCGCUCCACUACUCUGGUGGCACACUGGUCGCCGGCGGCGAGAACGGUACCAUCCGUGUCUACAAUAUUGCGAAGAUGACCAGCUUCACGCUGACUGGCCAUACUGACUGGGUCAAUUCUGUAAAGCUGUACGGCGACUCGACUCUGUUCUCGUGCUCUGACGACAUGCUGGUGAAGCGCUGGGACCUGGACCAGCGCCGGUGCGUGCGCACGUACACCGGCCACUCACACCACGUGCAGUCGCUGCAGCUGUCGACACGCAUGCCAUCCAGCCUGCAAGCCCAGCAGUCAUCGAUGGCGCGUCUGGGCAGCCGCGCACCUGAGCCCGUCUCCGAGCGGCCGUUCUUGAUCACCGGUUCGCUAGACAGCACGAUGCGCGUCUGGGAUAUUGAGACCGGCGAGUGCCUGGAUACGAUCUUCGGCCACGUCGAGGGCAUCUGGUCUAUGACGUUUGACUCGCUGCGCAUCGUGUCUGGAUCCAACGACGGUACCGUCAAGAUCUGGGACACCAGCUCGCAUGCAUGCCUACACACAUUGCUGGCGUCGGCGGCAGCUGUCAACUGCGUGGCCAUCAGCGACACACGCUUCAUCAUUGGCGACAACGAUGGCAGCGUGGGUGUAUACGACUUCCGCGACCACCCCCAGUAUUCCCACUGAGCCCACGGCCGAGACAAAACAAAAAAGCUACACAUUUUGCAUAUCUUCUCUCUCCCUCUAACCUCCUUUCUCGCUAAACCACCACUUUCCGCCCCAUUUCAACCUUUGUACAAGUAAAAUAUAUGAAUCGAU